GAAUUAAAGGGAUGAGAGUAGAGAUGAAGAGAAGAAGGUGAUUUGGAGAUAGAACCAAGUGGAUUAAAAAGUGGAUUUGGAAAUCAUAGGAGAGGGAGAAAUCAAGGAUAGCACAUGGGAUUCUGGCUUCUACAACUGGAUGGAUGGCAGGACCACUUACUGAGAUAGGGAAGUCUUAGAAAGGAAUUGGUUUAAAGGAAACAUCGUGAGUUCAUUCUCAGGCUUGUUCAGCAUGAGAGGUCUCUGAGACAUCUUAGUGGAAGUUUAAUAGGCUGGCUGUACGAUAGAGGCCCUAGAGAAUAGAAGAGAGGUCUGAGCUAAAGUUACACAAUUAGAGAGGAGAUAUCACACAUACAUAGUAUUUAAGUUCCUUCUCAACUCUAUUCAUGUAUCCCGUAAAUAUUUAUUAAGUGAUUCUAAGUCUUAGGGAUGCAGGAGUAAAGAAGACAUACAAGGUCAGUCCCUGUCCUCAUGGAUCUUACGUUCAGUGUAGGCAGCUUGUAUAUUAUAGACAGGAUAGGGUGGUGGCAUUGUCCAGGCAGGCUAAAGGAAGGAGGUCACAAUGUGUACUUUAUGAUGAGAUCUAUGAUAUAACUGGGUGGCACUGAGAGCCUUGCUUUCCUCCUAUGGGGAGGGUACAGGACACCCCAUGUAUUAUUUUUCUGCUCUUGCACCCUCCAUUCAGGGCCCAGCCAGACUUCUCUUUGGAGGUAAGUAAAUGGAUAGGGAGGCAGGAGAUGAGGGUUUCGGAGGAGGUGUGGUAGGGAGGGUUGGGGAGCCAUGGAAGCCAGCGGGACAGAGCAUUGUGGGGUUGUUUGUGGCCUCAUUCCUCUUCCUUCCCAGUCCCGAGUAAAGAAGCCAGUCUGCUGCCUGCCGCAGAAGCCACUGCCUGGACCAGACAUGAAGCGCUUAUGGCAGAUUUUUGUCCUGUGGGUACUCUGGGUUUUCAUCUUGUGGCUGAUGGCCCCCUGCGUAGAUCAGAAACCUGAAUUGGAACCCCACGAAAAACUGACCUACUUGGUACCAAGGUGUUGCAGCUGCCUUUGGUUUAAAUUUAGAAAGUGUGGCUGCCCAUCUGGGACCCUCAACUACUCCCUCUGCAACCACACAGUCAGAGAACAGAGCUGGUUUGAUGCAUACUACGAGAAGACGAUGGGAUUCCUGAUGGGGGCAACAGAGUCCAUGCCCCGCAACGCUGAGCUCUCAUGGAUGAACCAGACUCCUGUUCACAGCUUCGAGAUGGUGGGGAACCAAACCACGGGACACUUCAUCUGCCACAGGGAUGCUGGGGCCUGGGGUUCCUGGAGACAGCUGCUGCUACUUCUGCUGAAGCUUUCUGGUCUGUCAUGGACUUCAGACACUCUGAGUGAGGAGGCGAUGGUCUGGGAACCCAGACAUUCUUAGAAUGGGGGUGAGAGGCGGUCACUGCAGGAGAAGGCAGGGGGCUCCAGGAAGACCCUCUACUGGCUUACUGGGGGAACCCGCAGGAACUUCCCAGGUCUCAGGGGCUGCUGAAAUGCCCCCACCUCCUAAUUUUUCUCAGAUUUUGGAACAUGAUCCAGUUCCCUAUUGGAAUGGAAGAUAGCAAAGACCAGGUAAGGGGACAGAAAGGAGUAAGAUGUGGCUGUGGACGGGGCACCAUGUAGGCCCCUCCCCUUUCUCCCCCAGGUCCUAGGGAUCAGCCCAA